GUCGAGAUAGAGAAGCAAAGAAACCCAAUUGGGUGAAAUAAACAUCGGUCAUCUAGCUUCUGGUCGCAGUGGACAUAAGAAGCCCUCCACCCAAAUCAACUUUCUCCCCCUGACACUUUUAACUUCAUUGGGUCACAAUGGAAGACAAAAUUAAUGCUAUGGUAGUGAGGAAUAUGUCCUUUAAGACGGGACAGACUCUGACUGUUACAGGAGUCCCCAGUGCUGAUUCCACAAAUUUUAAAAUUAACAUCGGUCACAGCGCCGAGGACAUCGCUCUACACAUGAACCCUCGUUUUGACGCCCAUGGAGACCAGCGCACUAUAGUGUGCAAUUCCUUCCAGGACAGCAAAUGGUGUGAGGAGCACAGAGCGGCCAACUUUCCGUUUAACCAGAACGAGGAGUUCCAGAUAAAAAUCACUUUCACCAGUGAGGAGUUCCUGAUUACUCUUUCUGAUGGUUCUCAGAUUCACUUUCCUAACCGUCAAGGCGCUGAGAAGUACAAAUAUAUGUUCUUUGAAGGAGAUGGCAGGAUCCAUGGGAUCGAAAUUAAGUAGAAUAAUCAACACUUAAAUUAGGCUUCUGUUACUCUGUUAUCCAACAAUUUUCACUCACUCAGUAUGGAGUAUCUCAAUCACACUAUUAUCACUUGUGUGUCAAAUCAGCCUUAUCAAUUUGAUGUGGCACUGCCUGUGUAAACCACUAGAGGGACCCCAACUACAAUAAAUUGCCAUGAACUUCA